AUGGGACUGGACCCAGGUAUUUAGCAUAGUUUUGCAAUGGUAAAAAGAUGGUAGGCCAAGGUCUUCUGUAUGUUAGAAUUAAACCAGGAUUUGAAUUUGUGUAUGGAGAGGACCAUGAUGAUGAUCAUGGCCUGGAAACUUCCCUAUUGGAAAAAGCAGAGGAAAAUAAUAAUCAUACCAUAAGUAUCAGUCCUGCAUGGUCUGUAUUCAAUACGAUGUAG